AUGAUUGUAUUUCGAAAUUGGGCAUAUGGAGGUGACUUUGGAGAUACACCAAAUAACUUAAAUUUCUGCUUAAAUGGUCUCAUAUGGCCUGAUCGGACUCCUCAUCCUGCUCUAAAUGAGGUCAAGUAUUGCUAUCAGCCAAUUAAAAUUUCGUUCACCAAUGGCGUAAUUAAGAUUACAAACACCAAUUUCUUUCAAACAACAAAAGAUCUAGAGUUUAAUUGGGUGAUUGAAGGUGAUAGAUGUAAACUUGAUUAUGGAACUCUAAGUCAACCAACAUUAGAGUUUAAUUGGGAGAUUGAAGGUGAUGUUGGUUCUUGA